AUUCUAAAAACAAGUCCAUUGUAUUGUAUGCUAGAAGAAAAAUGUUCGAAGUCUUUUUGAAAUUAUUCCAAUAACCUUUAUUCUAUCGUUGAAUAAUAUAAAUGUAUAUUUAUUCAGUCGACAUACUUCCGAAAGAAAUUCACAACCAAUUUGAUCUAACAAAGUUCAAUUCAAAUUUGCAUACAGCUAUGUUUAACAGUUAUGUCCGAGUCUAAUUAGGUUUCAUAACUUUAAUGACACAUAACUAAAGGAUUUGUUUGGUCAUUUUAGUUUGUAACGCAUUCAUCAGAUGUUAUGUAUAUCUCGAAUGUUAAUAGGAUUCAAUUCAAAGUAAUAUAUGUUGCUUGUCAUUAGUGUUUUAUGUGAAUGGUGAUGAUGAAUAUGAGAUACAUACUUCAAGAAUUGCUCUCACCAUGUUACGUUUUAAUAUAUUCACUAUACAUGGGAUUUUUUCUUAGUUGAAAUACGAAUAUAGAAAAUCUAAAGUGAUCAAUGCCUAAUUGAAAUCUCAAAUGAUAUUUUCUCUCUUAAAUUUUUAUUUUCUAUUAACAGAUUCUACUGACAUAGAUAAUUAAAUUCGGAUGAGAAUGUUUUAAUAGAAAUCUUAAUUGUAUAUUUGUAUGAUUCCUUUUAUAAAUUUCUAAAAACUGUUUUGAAAUUUUUGCUAAUGUAAAUAUAGGAACUAUUUCAGAGGCAUGUUGUACAAACAUCAACUGAUAAAAUUAUAGAUAAAUAUUGAUGAAAUUUUAGUUAUUCUAGAUGAUCAAUCAAAAUUUUGAAUUAAAGUCAAUUUUUGAAACGUUUAUCGAUAAAUAGGCCAUCAUUUUUUUUCCAUGAAUUGAAAAAGAAUAAUUUUUCUAGCUUCUUGUUUUUUACACGAGCAAUAUUGAUGUAAACCAAUUCUCUCAACAUAAACUUGAUGUACUAGAGUGUAUAAGAAUUCAAAAGCAUCAUUUACAUGAGAUUUUCUAUCACUAUAUAGGAAAUAUAUAGAACACUGAUUAUCUCGAACAGACAUGUUCGGAAUUCUAACGAAUUCUAAACAAAAUAACUUUAUCAGAAGAAAGUAAGAUUUUUUAUGAAUAAAAAAGAAACAAAAAUAACUUAUCUAUCAAAACCAAUUGAAUCAAGUAUUAAUGUAUAAUUAAUUAGUUAUAAUAUUAAUUAUGCAUUAAAUUAUUCAAAUAUAAAUUGGAAAUCAGUUCGUGUUAAUUCAUCAACACAAUCAUAUAUUUUAAAAGUCCUUUUGUUUUGUGCAUCGAUACAAAAAUUAAUCAAAUUUUAUUUUUCUAAUUUUAGAUCAAGUGAAAUAAUUAAAGUUCGUACACUUGAAGGUGCACCAAUACGUACACGAAUGAUUAUUCAAUUUGAACCAGUUAAUUCUAUAGCAAUUAUGAUUAAAUGGCAAGAUUCGUCUCUAUCAUAUAUUAAUGAAAUUCUGAAUUCAUUUAAAGCGAGACAAAUUUAG